UCGGAAACGUAAAUGGGAUCUUGAUGACCAAGGAAAAGAGGCACCACCCGUUUCCACGGCUUCAAAAUCGGCCAAAGUUGAUCCUAGUAGUGAUGCAUCUGAAUCUAGUGCGCCCUCACCUACACCUUCAAACUCUGACUCAAUAGAUCCCAAUGUAGCUGCAGGUAGUAAACAUCAUAAUUAUAAUACUAUUUCUAAGAUUGGAUCUAAUAUUUAUAUUAUUAAUUCUUUUGCAUUAAUAGCCGUCGCAGCGGCAAAAAUCAAUGCUAUGCUUGCGGCAAAAGGUAUUCAGGUUCCAGCAAAGCCGUUAAUAAUCACACCUAAACUAGAUAUUUCUGAAAACGGCACGUCUAAGAAAGAUUCUGAUUUGGAAUUUACUCAUGAUAUUACAAUCAAUGAUUGCAAAAACAGAUAUUUGUUGACUAAGGGUGCAACACAACAGCAGCUUCUUGCUACCGAAAAGGAUCCUCCUCUUUAUUUACACGUGACUGCAUCAACUAAGGAGGCUUUAAAUGCUGCUAUCAAUAAGAUUAGUGAGCUCAUGGAACAGACUUUUACACCAGCUCCAUCGACACCAACACCACGUCCACCAGGACAGCACUUAGGGUUUGUUCAAUACAAAGUAUUUGUGGGAAUUGAGCCUGACCGCACGUUUAAUGCACGAGCUAAAAUCGUUGGCCCACAAGGUGCUUAUGUAAAGCAUAUUCAACAAGAGACGGGUGCAAAGGUUCAGCUUAAAGGUCGAGGAUCGGGUUAUGUUGAACCCACUUCGGGGACCGAGGCUUUUGAACCACUUCAUAUUCAUAUUACGGCAAAAAAAUUAUGUGAAGACCUUAUUAACACGGUAAAAAUAGAAUGGGAUAAACACAAAGCACAACAGGCGGCAUAUUCUUCGUAUGGCAGGUCACCGUAUCCACGUCCACCUGUUUAUGGACAACCAGGUACCUCUAGUCAAUAUAAUGCUAGCACUACUAGUAAUGCUUACACUGCCGGUAGCCAAAACGCUGCGACAGCUACUGCUUGGAAUCCUUAUAACCCUUACAAUCAAUCUCGAUAUUAUCCAUAUUCUCAAUAUCCUUACUAUCAGCAAACUGCUGCACAAGCAGUCGAUGCUAGUUAUUAUUAUGGAUAUGCUGGAUAUCAAACUGCAGCUAAUUAUCAAACCGCAGGGUAUCAAGUGCCAGCUACGCAGGCUCCGACAGCUCCAUCAGCGUCAACAACUCCCAGCACUACAACCUCACCUCCAACGUCGCCAUAUGAAGAUAAAAAGCAAGGUAGCUCUUAUCACGCAGUUCCACCUCCGGAUUCUUAUGAAAGCGAGGUUGGUAAAUAA